AUGGCUCGUUAUAAAGUAAGGAGCACCAUCCAGAGACACCAUUGGCUGAUUUUGUUCAUAUACUUAUUCCCACUAGGCUUUUUUUUUUACUGCUUGAACGUUGCUGCAAUUGAUUAUCAAGGUGAGAGUAUUAAUAUUGCUGCUAAACAUAAUGACACUUUGACAGACCAUCACACUUGUGAUGUUUCUGGAUUCCAAAAAGGCGAUUCAUCCGCUAUAUGCUCUUAUAUUACACAGAACUGUGAUAUUGAUUUGUUCAAAAUAUCUCGGGUUUAUUAUUGUGAUCAAGAUUCAAGAAUUAGGAUUGGGUUAGGUUUAGGAGUUUUCAUUGGGUUAGUUAUAAUAUUCAUUAUUUUCGGAUUAAUUACUUCAAAUUUCCUUUAUCCAAAUCUAGACUUGUUAUCAAAGCACUUGAAGAUUUCAAAUAGAAUCAGUGGGUUAACUCUAUUAUCCUUGGGGAAUGCAACUCCAGAUAUUUUCAGUACUUAUAUUGCAUUCAAAUCAAAUUCGAGCUCUUUGGCAAUUGGUGAAUUAUUAGGCUCUGCAAACUUUGUGAUUUGUUUUGUUAUUGGAAGCAUGGGUAUUUUGAAACCUUUUCAAGUGAAUCAUUUUGAAUUUAGCAAAGAUUUGUAUUUCUUCAUGGCUUUGAUUUUAAUAUCUUUAUAUUUUGUUCAUGAUGAAAAAUUGAUGAAUUUUGAAUGUAUCUUGAUGGUGUUGCUAUAUCUGAUCUAUGUCAAUUAUUCAAUUUUUUUCACAAAUGAAGGUAAAGAACCUGAAGAAUUGAUGCCAAUGCCACCACGUCAAGAUGAAGAAAACUAUUUAACACCAAAUUUAGUUCCUCAAGAAGGAUAUGAGCAUUCAAUAAGAUCAUCAUUAGAUGAAAAUAAGUCAAAAGGUUUACAAAAAUUGAAAGAGAAGGAUUCAAUAUGGAUGCAUUUAUUUGCAACUUUUAAUGAUGAAACUGAUACAAAUUCAUUCUUAUCAAUAGCAACAUUACCAUUAUUAUUUUCACUCAACUUGUUAAUACCAGUUUUUUCAAAAGAUCUUGAAAUUGGGGAAUUUCAAUCAUUAAUAGAGUUCAAAAAAAAAUUAUUCAAUAUUCAAUUAUUCAUCAUUCCAAUUUUUUUCAAAUACCUACUUUUCACAAAUCUCCCCAUUUAUCUAACAUUACUCAUCUCCAUUUCACUUUUAUUAAUCAACAUCAUUUUGCAUCAUCAUCACAGAUAUACAAUCCCUUUCGUGGGAUUCGUAUCAUCAAUCCUCAUCAUAGUGACAACAUCAUCACAUCUUAUAACCAUUUUGAAAAACAUUGGUGUCAUUUUCAGGAUUUCUGAAAGUUUACUAGGAUUGACAAUAUUGGCAUUGGGGAAUUCCACGGGAGAUUUAAUCUCAAAUUUAACAUUAGCAGAGUUGAACCUUAGUGUCAUUGGUAUAAAUGCAUGUUUCGGAUCGCCAUUAUUAUAUAUCUUGAUUGGAAUUGGUAUUAAUGGGUUGAUUGUUAAUUUUGAGAAUUCUUCACAAUUUUUAAAGUUGAAGAUUGAUUUGAAUUUCAAAAUGAGUAGUUUUGGAUUGAUUUUAAUGUUGAUUUUCUAUGCAGUGGCUAUUCCUCUUAAUGGUUGGUUUAUUGAUAGGAAGAUUGGGAUCAUUGGAGUUACAUGGUGGUGUAUUAUUACGGGUAUCAACGUUUAUUUAGAGACCAAUUAUGGAUUAAAAUGA